UUACCCGCCGGAGGGGAGAGGGAGACUCGGGAGGCCGGGCCGGGGUUGCCAGGGCAGCAGCCGUCACUCCUGCGAUUUCCAUGGCAACGGGGUGGCGAGGGGCGGGGGUGCUGGCUUGGGCGGGCAGGGCUUCUUUGGUGCAGGCCCCACUCCUCGGCAUCCGUGGAGCGCAGAAGGGCCGGCACUUCGGGACCGGAGCAGCAGCCAUGGCCGCCCUCAAGGUUGGAGACAAAUUGCCCAGCGUGGAGGUCUAUGAGGGCGACCCUGGCGCCAAAGUGAACAUUGCCAGCCUUUUCAAGGGAAAGAAGGGCAUCCUCUUCGGUGUCCCUGGUGCAUUCACUCCAGGGUGUUCAAAAACUCACCUACCAGGUUACGUGGAGAAAGCAGGGCAGCUCAAAGGCAAAGGGGUGGAAAUCAUCGCCUGCCUUUCUGUCAAUGAUGUUUUCGUCAUGAAGGAGUGGGGGAACGCGCACCAAGCCGAGGGAAAGGUGCGGAUGCUGGCUGAUCCGACAGGAGCAUUUGGGAAGGCCACAAACCUCUUGCUGGAUAAGGAACCGCUUCGAGAGCUCUUUGGAACUAACCGAUCCAAACGGUUUUCCAUGGUGGUGGAUGAUGGGGUCGUCAAGUCCCUGAACGUGGAAGAGGACGGGACAGGCCUCACUUGCAGUUUGGCCACCAAUAUUGUCUCCCAACUCUGAAGCCCUUCAAGGCUCUUGUCGCCCAUCUCCUGACUCCCGCAGGCUGAUCACAUUUGUGGCAUGCAGGAUUCGGCUUGAAAUCGGGAUGAGAUGGCCUUUGCAUAGUUGUUUUAAUCCCCUACACUAUGGGCUCGGUUAUCAUGGAUAUAAAACAGUCUAAAAUAAAACUUUACUGGUUUA